AUGGCUGCCAUAUUGAAAACAACAGCCGUGCUAACAUGGCUUCUCGCUGUAGAUUCGGUAAACUGCCUGCCUCAGCCAGUGGGCACUGUUGCUGAACAAAUCUUGCAACAAUCAGCAACAUAUCCAGAGACGGUCUUGAAGACUCAAUAUCCUCCGUCAAACCAGCGAAUCGCCAUACCGGCAGCGGAACCAGAUUAUCGAGUCGCUCUUGAUAUCAGUGGUCACCCAUCGCAGCUUCCUUUUCCAACAGUCGACGUUGGUCGCAUCCUAGACGGCAUCGGCGGGUUGUUGUUGCCCCCGUCUACGUCCUUGCCAACUGCACUUCAGCCCACCGACACAUCGAACGAGAACUCUCCAGACACAACAUCUUCCGUCGCAGAUUCUGCUCCCACCAUGCCUGCCGGUCCAAUGAAUAACCAAAACAUCUUCGAACCCGUCGCGACUGGUGUGGUUCCUGCCAGCAUCAAGACUCGCCAUGAUCACCCAGUUCAAAACAAACAUGCAAAUGCCACUAAUCCGAUUGAGACCAACAAGUUCUAUGCUGGCCUUCUCCUGGGUUCGCAAACCAAUGCUAGCUUCACUCAGCCUUACUCUCUCGCCUGGUCAGGAGGAGGGGGAAACCUCAAGAGCUGGGGAAUGAGUGUCUCUCAUAUUGAGGCUAAUGUCCUUGCCUUCGGUCCUCAGAAUUCCAAGAUUCCCGGAAACCCAGUCGAUUAUUACAUCAACCCAAUCGGUCUUCAGCACGUCAUUUUGUCGGCAUCUGAGCUAGAUGAAUCCAGUGUUUUGGACAUUGAGGAGCCCAAGGCAUUUUCGGCGAACGCUGUUCUCAAGCGAUCUGGUGGUUCCGCACAGAGCAUCACAUUCCCCAUUAUUCAGGGUAUGGGCUAUGUGACUGGCGUGUACAAUGAUCUGCAGCCCAUCGUUGAGAGUGGAGUCUUCUUCCGCAAGGUUAUCGAUGCCGGUUCCCCCAAGCCGGGUAUCUUCAAGUACCAGCUGUUCCUGGAAGAUGACACCGUCUGGUUGCUUUACGUUACCCCUGAUGAUGGAAAAGACCCUCAGUUCAAGCUUGUUUCCAACUCUAACUUCCAAGGUCCUUCUGAAUUUAGUGGGACCAUUCAAGUCGCCAAGAAUCCCGCAGGCAAGGAUGUUGAGAAGUUUUAUGACAACUCUGCUGGCGUGUACCCUGUUGCGGGCGCCGUUUCUGGUGCUGUUACCGGCAUUGUCGGCACUUAUAGCCUGUCAUGGACCAAGGCCGGCAAGAAUGCCACUGGAACCCCCCUCAUCAUGUUCGCUUUACCUCAUCACGUCGAGUCCUUUGAUGACAGCACUCGUGGUCGCGCCACCAACAUUCAACUUCGCACUACUACCAAGGGCAAUGCAACCGCCGUGAUUGGCGACAGCUGGAUCAUGACUGAGCCGGAUCUGCCAAUGGAAAUGGGAUUCGCUCCAUGGUCGCCUACCAAUGGAAACGUUCACACACUGUCUGCCGAUGCCCAGCGAGCUAUCGUCCAAAUCGCUCCUGUUGAGCUUCAGCAGGAUAUCGAUGGCCAGACCAACCUAAACAGCAUGUACUACAGUGGCAAGGCCCUGAGUAAGUUUGCGACCUUGAUUUGGACGGUCAGCAACCUGGGAAAUAACACCGAUGUUGCGCAUGCGGCCUUGGUGGAACUCAAGAAGUGCUUUGCCCGCUUUGUGCAGAAUCAGCAGCAAUACCCACUUGCCUAUGAUUCAGUCUGGAAGGGCGUUGUGUCAACUGCCGGCUAUGAUGGUGACUUGAACGUCGAUUUUGGAAAUACCGCCUACAAUGACCAUCACUUCCACUACGGCUACUUCAUUCAGGCCGCCGCUAUCAUUGGUUCGCUGGACCCUACCUGGCUUGCUCAAAACAAGGACUGGGUUAACACGCUUGUUCGCGAUGCGGGCAACUCUGUCGAGGAUGACCCUUACUUCCCCUUCUCGCGCUCUUUUGACUGGUUCAAUGGGCACUCAUGGGCAAAGGGUCUCUUUGAAUCCUUCGAUGGAAAGGACCAAGAGUCUACUUCUGAAGACACCAUGUUCGCCUACGCUAUCAAGAUGUGGGGCCAGACUACUGGCGAUGCCAGCAUGGAGGCUCGCGGAAACAUGAUGCUGGCCAUCCUGCGCCGCUCACUGAACAACUACUUCCUCAUGCAGAGCAACAACACUAACCAGCCACACAACUUCAUCGCGAACAAGGUGACUGGUAUCCUGUUCGAGAACAAGGUGGAUCACACGACCUACUUCGGCAACAACCUGGAGUACAUUCAGGGUAUUCACAUGUUGCCUUUGCUACCCAACUCUGGCUAUACUCGUCAGCAGCAGUUCGUUGCUGAGGAGUGGCAGGCCAUGUUUGCCGCUAACGCUACAACUCCUGCUACUGCUGUUGAUGGUGGUUGGAAGGGUGUUCUGUUUGCAAACCUCGCCCUUAUCGAUCCGCAGGCAUCAUGGGACUUCUUUGCUCAGCCCCAAUUUGACUACAGCUGGAUUGAUGGUGGUGCUUCCCGUACCUGGUACCUUGCGUAUGCUGCUGGUCUCGGUGGCGGACCUUGA